AUGCCGACCUGUUCGUCGCUUUUGGCGAUGACCAAUGGCGUUCGGUCGAAAUUACCCGAAGAGGAAGAGGAGAUCAACGUAGUGGAUCUUUCGGAUACAGAGGAUUGCGCACGCUCAGGUUCGUCGUCGACCUCUGCUGCUUGCCAGCAUCCGGCGCUGAAUCCAGGCGGCGAGAAUUCACCCCUCGACUUGUCUUACAAAUCCCAAGGCGCUUCUUCGGCCAAAAUUUCUGGUGUGACAGACAAAGCGGUUUUCAGCAGGCCGUCGGUGAUCAAGUCUUCAGAUGCGAAAUUCGAUUCGGAAGAACUGCCAGACGUUGAAGAGCAUUUUCGUAAAUCUCUGGGUCCCAACCCGAAGGUAUUCACUGAAGCCGAGGCUAAAGGGCUGGAAGAAGCAACUCCCCAAAGGUUUAAUCCAGGAACACUUCGACAGUCGGCUAUGUGCUGGGAAGAGGUAACGGCCAAUGGAGAUACAGUCCUCAACGGUGUCAGAGGCCACUGCUCUUGUGAUUUUAGGGUUUUCUUAGGAAUCUAA